AUGUUGUUCUUAAAGGUGGAACAAGACUUCACUCUCCUAUUUGGUGACGAGACAUCCACCAGGCUGCUUCAGAAAUGGGAUGUGUUCUUCAAGCCAAAUAUCAUACAAGAAGCUAAACAGCUCACUUCAACUCCGGAGUUGCGUCGCUUGAUACAAUCGGCGGAAAGUUCCUCAGGAAGUGAUGAAGAAACAACCUAUGACCAAGAAAUGGCCUCCCUGUUGUUGCUGAUACAUCUCCUUCCACCACCACCUGGAGGACCAAAGUCGCCAAAAAUUAGUGCAUGUGAUGCAGUUGAGAGACUUGUUGUCUUUCACAAGUCAUGCUGCAGUUUGGAGGAGCAUCUCCGCAACCAGCAGGGUCGGCAGCCAUACCUCCUUGCCGUUGGUCGUCAGAAGAACAAGAUUGACAGCUUCUAUAUCGCCAUGGAUAAGCAUCUCAUCCCAUGCCAGGCAAACCGUUCCCUUGGGGCAUUUGAUGAACUUUUUAAAGUGCAUUUUGUGUUUAACUUGUCUUAUGAUGGAGCACUGGUGAACUUCUACACAUUUCUGCAGACAACAGUAUACAACAUUGAUGUGGGAAAAAUGAAGGAGUCACCCAGAGUUCGAGACUUGAGAGCCCGACUGCUUAACCAGCCCGUCCCGCUCACAUUCUGUGAGUAAAAGGCUAAAACAAUGCUGACCUGUUUCAUGUGUCAGAAACUAUAUCCCAGCAGUUGAUUUCACAUUUAAGAGUUCAACAUGGUUACUAUCCUGGACCAAAGUUCAAAUUGUUUUGUGCUCAGCACGGCUGUAGGCAUCAGUUCCUAACAUAUGCAGGUUUUCGGAAACACCUCAAUAGUGUUCAUAGCAAUGUUCAGCAAAUUGCUCAAACUUCAACUGCUGCGUGUUCCUCUUGUGAGCCAGUUGCAACUUCAUCUCAGGCACAUGCUUUGGAAGACCAGUUUAGUCCCCCAAAUCAAUGUAGCUCUUCCAGUGUUUCUUCUCAGAGAAAUUAUUCUGGACUUAAAGAUCCAACC